CUUUCGCCAUUCCGGGGUGUCGCCGCACCACAGAGCGCACUGAGGGAGUCCUGCGAAGAGAGGCAGCCCAGUACGCUCCAGGCCUCUUCACACCUUCAUCCAGGCCACACGGUUCCCCAGCAUGCCCCAGAAGACAGGUAUCCGCUCAUUAUUUCCCCAGAGACCCGCCGCAGACCUCCCCAGCAGCCCCGUUUGAAAGAUUACGGCGACACCGAGGGAUGCUACUGCAGCAAACGCACCCCGCAACUGCAAACAUUCUCGACGUCUGCCCGAGGACCAGAUACAUUUGGUUGGCCCCUGACAGAAGCCCCCGAGGAUGUCCGACAGCGGUGCGAGCAUGAACUCCGACGAUCGGCCGGUUAAAACGGUCCCCUUCCCCCUGAGCCACAGGCUCUCCAUGAAGGAGGUGUUUGACUGUGAGGGGAAGCCCAGAGUAGACCUGCUAAAAGCCCACCUCACCAAGGAGGGUCGUCUGGAGGAGGUGGUGGCCCUACGUAUCAUCAAUGAGGGAGCCGCCAUCCUGCGCCAGGAGAGGACCAUGCUGGAUAUAGAGGCCCCAGUCACAGUGUGUGGAGACGUCCACGGUCAGUUCUUUGACCUGAUGAAGCUGUUUGAGGUGGGCGGUUCCCCCGCGACGACACGCUACCUCUUCCUAGGGGACUACGUGGACCGGGGCUACUUCAGUAUUGAGUGUGUGUUGUAUCUGUGGUCGUUGAAAAUCCUCUACCCAAAGACGUUAUUUCUUCUCCGGGGAAACCAUGAAUGUAGACACUUGACAGAAUAUUUCACUUUCAAAACAGAAUGUAAGAUAAAGUACUCUGAGCAGGUGUAUGACUCGUGUAUGGAUGCGUUUGACUGCCUGCCGCUGGCUGCUCUGAUGAACCAGCAGUUCCUGUGUGUCCAUGGAGGGCUCUCACCAGAGAUCCACACGCUCGACGACAUCAAAAAGCUGGACAGAUUCAAGGAGCCUCCAGCGUUCGGACCCAUGUGUGACCUGCUGUGGGCCGACCCACUGGAGGACUUUGGCAACGAGAAGACACAAGAAUACUUCGGCCACAACACAGUCAGGGGCUGCUCCUACUUCUACAGCUACCCUGCGGUGUGUGAGUUUCUACAGACCAACAACUUAUUGUCUGUCAUCAGAGCACAUGAAGCGCAGGAUUCUGGGUACCGGAUGUACAGAAAGAGUCAGACGACAGGCUUCCCCUCCCUCAUCACCAUCUUCUCAGCACCUAACUACCUGGACGUCUACAACAACAAAGCGGCGGUUCUGAAGUAUGAGAACAACGUGAUGAACAUCCGCCAGUUCAACUGUUCCCCUCAUCCCUACUGGCUGCCCAACUUCAUGGAUGUCUUCACCUGGUCCCUGCCCUUCGUUGGAGAGAAAGUGACAGAGAUGCUGGUGAAUGUUCUCAGUAUCUGUUCAGAUGAUGAGCUCAUGGAGAAUGACGGAGAGGAAGAGGUCUAUGAUGCCAAUGCAGCGGCAGCUAGGAAAGAGGUGAUCAGGAACAAGAUCCGUGCCAUAGGGAAGAUGGCCAAAAUGUUCCAAGUUUUACGGGAGGAGAGUGAGAACGUACUGACCCUGAAGGGACUGACACCCACUGGCAUGCUGCCCAGCGGAGUUCUGUCUGGAGGCAAGCAGACUCUGCAGAGCGCUACCAUUGAGGCCAUUGAAGCCAUCGAUCCUGUUGAGGACUCAGAAGCGAUCCGAGGCUUCUCCCCUCAACAUAAGAUCAAUAGCUUUGCGGAGGCCAAGGGUCUGGACCGGAUCAACGAGCGCAUGCCCCCCCGCCGUGACGCCGUCAACAGUGUGGGUGUCUCCAUGGGCCGCAUGAACAUGGGGGAGCCCAACGGCACCGACAACAACAGCAAUAUACAGUGAUGGACACACACACAUUUAUACAUAAACACUAAUACACACACUUAUAUAUAAAGUACAUACCCACGCAUACACACAUUUGACUUACACACUUAAAGUAAAACACACUUACGGUAAACAUACUUAGACAUGCACUUAAACAAGGAUCAUACAGAACACACAGUCAACAUAUAGACCUACACGUACACAGUAAUGGUACACACAUCAUCCUCCUCCGCCUCCCCCGGCCUGUUGCUCCCCAGCCCUUCUCUCUACCCGUUUGACAAGACUGUGCCAUGGAUGGAUCAGACCUCCUAUCGGACAAACUGUACUGCAGGUUCCAUCACUCCCUGACCUGGUCACACACUACUACAGACCCCUGACCUGACCACCUGACCACACUACACUACGGAACACUCUACUGGACGUUCUGGAACACUCCAAUGCAAAACAAAGAGAUAAUGUUCUGUUCUAAUUGUGUAGUGGGGCUGACUGGGGGACAGAUGUUACCUUUCUGUUAUGUUGGGGGCAGAGGGAGGGUGGGGCUGACUGGGGGACAGAUGUUACCUUUCUGUUAUGUUGGGGGCAGAGGGAGGGUGGGGCUGACUGGGGGACAGAUGUUACCUUUCUGUUAUGUUGGGGGCAGAGGGAGGGUGGGGCUGACUGGGGGACAGAUGUUACCUUUCUGUUAUGUUGGGGGCAGAGGGAGAGUGGGGCUGACUGGGGGACAGAUGUUACCUUUCUGUUAUGUUGGGGGCAGAGGGAGGGUGGGGCUGACUGGGGGACAGAUGUUACCUUUCUGUUAUGUUGGGGGCAGAGGGAGAGUGGGGCUGACUGGGGGACAGAUGUUACCUUUCUGUUAUGUUGGGGGCAGAGUGAGGGUGGGGCUGACUGGGGGACAGAUGUUACCUUUCUGUUAUGUUGGGGGCAGAGGGAGGGUGGGGCUGACUGGGGGACAGAUGUUACCUUUCUGUUAUGUUGGGGACAGAGGGAGAGUGGGGCUGACUGGGGGACAGAUGUUACCUUUCUGUUAUGUUGGGGACAGAGGGAGGGUGGGGCUGACUGGGGGACAGGUGUUACCUUUCUGUUAUGUUGGGGGCAGAGGGAGGGUGGGGCUGACUGGGGGACAGAUGUUACCUUUCUGUUAUGUUGGGGACAGAGGGAGGGUGGGGCUGACUGGGGGACAGAUGUUACCUUUCUGUUAUGUUGGGGACAGAGGGAGGGUGGGGCUGACUGGGGGACAGAUGUUACCUUUCUGUUAUGUUGGGGGCAGAGGGAGGGUGGGGCUGACUGGGGGACAGAUGUUACCUUUCUGUUAUGUUGGGGACAGAGGGAGGGUGGGGCUGACUGGGGGACAGAUGUUACCUUUCUGUUAUGUUGGGGGCAGAGGGAGGGUGGGGCUGACUGGGGGACAGAUGUUACCUUUCUGUUAUGUUGGGGGCAGAGUGAGGGUGGGGCUGACUGGGGGACAGAUGUUACCUUUCUGUUAUGUUGGGGGCAGAGGGAGGGUGGGGCUGACUGGGGGACAGAUGUUACCUUUCUGUUAUGUUGGGGGCAGAGGGAGGGUGGGGCUGACUGGGUGACAGAUGUUACCUUUCUGUUAUGUUGGGACAGGGGAAGGGUGGGGAUUGGGGAGUGGAGGCAUGUAGGUGAGAGGUCGACGGGGGCUAAGGUGGCAUGCGGUGGAGGUACUACCUGUCCGUGAUUUACAGUUUCCUCUUCUCAUUUUAAAACAGGAAGUUGUGUCAGCCCUGUCGGUGGUUUACUUCAUUCAUUUUAUUUGAUAAGAUAUCUAGAUAGGGAGAUGGAUAGUUGUCAUGGCGGCUGUGAAUUUAUUGGUGUAUGCGUUUGCAUCUGCGUGUGAAAUUUGAAUGCCAUUUUCAUCUGCAAACACACAUGGUAGUGCUUUCCAAUAUGUUUUGCUACUAGUACUAUAUGAUAAUAACAGGACAUUGAAAUUAAGCAUACUAUUUAUUAACUUCAAGGAAAAGAUGAAGUUGUCAGAAGGUUCAAAAUGCAGUCUUAUUACCUGAGUGUUCUCCAUCCUAUUAAGCCAAUAUGCUCCACUGGCCAGUUAGCCAGUGCUGAGGUGGCACACAGAGUUCACAGUACACUCACUACACCCCAGGUAGACGCUGCCUCUAAAGUCAGAUAAACAAAACUGAUCAUUCAACAGUUUUAGGGGCAAUGUCUGUCUGUUCCACUCUUAUGUUCUAUUGCUGCCAAGUCAGAUGAUUUCCAAAACUGAUUUUAUUUCAGUUUUAAGGACAACUUUUGACCACUUUUACAUAUUUUACUUGCUGGGACUAUCUACACUUCUAUGUUCUAUUGCUGCCAAGUUAAUCAUAGAAAUAGAAAGCAUAGAAUGGACACCUGUAUCAGAGAUUGAAAUGUACAAACAACUAUGAUUGGCUGUUUUGUUGGCAUGCAAUCAGAUUCAGCAUGAGUGAAGUCUGUUCUAUGCAUUCCAUUUCUAUGGUGUCCUCUUAUGUGCUGUCCAGUUGCCUAUAACCUGAGUCGGCUGUAACUGGAGUAAGUCUCUAUAUAUGCUGUUUUGUUCUACUUUGAAAAUGAAAUGGUGUUUUUGGCUGAGUGUGAACAGUGACUAAAAGAAGGUUAUUUAUUUGUAAAGCAUUUAUAAACGCAUCAGUGCAUGCAAUUAAGUUAUUUGAUAAUAAUAAUGUGAAAUUCUAUUUGUGCCGUGUUUCAGUAUGGUAAGUUAUUUUUAUCUUCUUGUUUCAAAUUAACUAAGGGAUGAUAUUUAUUUGUGAAAAAAACAUUUUCCAAUUUUUAUUUGAUUUUGGGAUUUCUUUUUUAUUUCAGUUGAGUUUUUUCAUGACUGUAUUAUGAGUUAAUGUAUUGUUUUAUUUUGAUGCUGUACAGACUAGACGUUUGUAUGAGGUGCCAUGCGUUGUGACUCUAUCACUCCUCUCUUCUCUGAUGUGCAGGAGUUGUUUUGAAACCUACACUUAGAAAAAUACGGUUCCAAAACGGAUCUUCGGUGGUCCCUAUAGGAGAACCCUUUUCGGUUCCAGGUGGAACCCUUUUUGCUUCCAGGUAGAAACUCUUUUGGGUUCCAUGUAGAAAGAACCCUCUGUGGAAAGGGUUCUAAAUGGAAUUCAGAAGGGUUCUACCUGGAACCAAAAAGGGUUCUUCAAAGGGUUCUCCUAUGGGGACAGCCAAAGAACCCGUUUAGGCACUAGAUAGCACCUUUUUUUCUAAGAGUGUACAAUAGUGUGAAUGAAGAACCGUACUAUAAAGAGACAGACUUCCAUUCAGGCAGACAAAGCAUGAUUGCAUGGUAAACUCAUCUGUUAAAGCAUACACAGUUACAGACGUUGUCUCAAACAUUUUAAAGGAAAAGUGUAUUCUCUAAUCAUAAUUCUUAAAUUAUAUUCUUGUUAUUUAAUAUUAUCAUGAUUAUAUUUAUAAUUAACAUUAUUCUUAAGCUCUCUGCUAAUUGCUCUUGCGUUUUGCUGAUCCUUGUUUGGUCUCAUUGUGCUUUAUUUUGAGAGGUGAACUUACCGGAGACCUCGUGCCAUAUAGUUUGUGCCAUGGUUCUCUCUCGGACUCCUUUAUUACACAAACUGUAAGCAUGCCCCAUGGGACAAACCACUUUUUUACUCUUGAAUAAAAUAUGCAUGAACCUUUGG